CGAAAACUAAACCCCACAAGUCAUCAGACAAACACGCAUUAUAAUUUACGACAAAGGAAUAGUACGAAAAAAUUCUAAAUGACGUUAUUUCUAUUUUAUAACAGAUGGAAAAAAUACCUCUAUUCCUUUGCAUUUUAACUACAUUUCAAACUGCAAACACCAUUUAUUCUUCUGUUUGCGACUGUAAAAACGCAAAAACAAGGGGAAUACUUGAUAUAAACUCACCGUAUUAUUGCGACAAAAAUAACUUAGAAAUUAAUCAUCAGCGUAGAUUCCCCACCAAUUAUACAUUAAUGACAAAACAAAAACCUAUAAAAACAUGGAAGGGUUGGACUUGUAAACAAUGGGUUAAAACCAAGAAGAUCACUGGAUCAUUUUGGAUAGGAUCAUUCGAUACAGUAUUUUCCCAAGAAACCAAAUUAAUCACCCCGUUAGAAUGCUGGGAUAUGGUGAACGAUAAAAAAUGUGGAGGAAAUAAUAUGCAAUCUAGUACUACCACAAUUAGCUUUACAGCAACUCCAACAGGAGAAGGUGCUUGGUACGCGACUAGAGAGUACCACGUAUUAAAUUGCCUAGCGGAAGAAAUAACUUUAAGACAAGAAUCCCCUAACAGUUUAAUCGAAAGCCCUUUUGGAUUUUUAAAUGCAACUCAGCAGGAUGGACAAAUAGUUCAAAACCAUAACACUAUAGUUUGGGGAGACCGAUCAACAAAUGUUUCCAGUUCACAAAUUAUUUUAAAAGGUGAAGGAUUUUUAGAAUUAACAAACACUAACACAAGCCGCCUACUAGAUAGUACCCGACAAAUAGAAAUAACAUUCUUUAACAAACCCGAUAGAGAAAACAAGGAAUUAAGUCAACCUGGAUAUAGGGUAGUAGGGAUACCACUUACAUUUCUCAUUUUUCCACAAGAAGCAAGCACAAAAUGCAGCAGACCAGAAAACAUCGACGAAAAUCAACAAUGGGUUUUCGGGACCAUCAACACAAAUCCAGAAAUCUUAGAAAAUUUUCCGGAAACAUCGAUCGACGAACUGGAAGAAAUUCAACUAGAACAACGAAGGACAAUGACCACUACCAUUAAUUCACCAAUAUUUGGAGGAUUGAUAAAAUUUAACCACGGCAAAGGAAAUAUAAUUUGGGACAUGAUCAACUGGGGAUUACUAAAAAGCGGAAAGCCACCAAACGAAAAAUGUGUCACAUACAAUGGCUUAGCAAACGUAUUAACAUUGGAAACCUGUGACCCAAAUUGGACACAAUGCCAAUUAAUGGCCACCGACCGGACUGGACUACACUCUCCAGCAUCAGACAGAAAAUGUCUCACCCUAAAAACAGGAAAAUUAGCACUAGGUCAUUGUCACGGAGGAAGCAAGAAACAGCACUUUAGUUUCGAAUACAAAAACCCACAUCAAAUAAAAACAUUAUCGGCCGCAGCAAUUAUAGCACUACACACACAACACUCACUAAAUGCAACACCCAAACCAACAGCAACAACAAAGUCCCUACCAACAACAACAACAAAAUCGACGACUACAACAACUACCCCCCGCACAACAUCAACGAGUGCUACAACUUCAAAAACAACCAUAGCCACAAUAAAUUCAACAAGUAUAAUCUCAACAACCACAACUACAGAAACUUCAAGACUAAUACCAUACAAAAAUAUCUCUACACCGUCAACAACAGAAAGAAACAGAACAAUAGAAAAAGAGAUCAUCAUGGCAGAUGCUACAGAGAAGUGGCAAAUACCACCUGAAAAAGCUACCCAAAAUGAGGUGGAGGCACAAAUUAGAAAACAAACUUCCCUAAAAAUAGAAAAUCAGGCAAGUGAAGCAUUAAAAUUAACAACACUGGAUGAAAAUAGGAAACCGGAGGCAAGCACAUACCAGUCACCAAUCAACGAAGACCCUAACUACGGAUUACCAAAAUCUAUCAACGAACUUAAUAGACACCUUAAAUUUGAAAUCAGCAAAAUGCACGAGCAAUUCAAAAUUAGCAUGGAAACUGAACACGAGAACAAAUUAGCUAAGGAAAUCAGAGAUGUUUAUUGCCAGCUUUCAAAAAUUAAGAGAACACAGGCAAUAAUCCUGGCGCAAACAAACGGAAUAUUAGCAGCCGCCGCCUUAGGAUUACCAGUAUGCAGUCGACUGUAUGGUUUUGGACAAGCCAUGACCCUACAGCAAUGCGAACCAAAAAGAAUAUUACUAACUGCCAACGAAACAAAAUGUGGAUUCCAACCAUUUUUUUAUUAUGGAACAAGCAACUGCACAAUUGGAACCGAUGGAUGGUCAAUCCACCCGUACUCUGAGUGUUUUUGGAAAUCACAACUUGUAAACAUCAAUGGAUACCCUUAUGCUUGGGAGCACAACGAAACAAACGGUGAUUGGGUUAGACAAGAAGCCACCAUACACACACCGAAUUUGGACCUGAUCGCCGAAUUUGAAGAACUUCACUUAAACGACUUUGAUUUCGCCCUCAAGAGCCAUCCGGCCCAUGAUACAAUGGAGAUGGAACAACUAAAUAUACUAAACGACUUAGUAGGAAGGUUACAGGAAGGAGAAACAAAAUCUCUAUCAAAUAUCAUCGUGACCGAGGAACAAGAUAAUCAAAUUGGGAAUAUGUUUUCUUGGUUCGACACACUUAAAAUUAUGGGAUUAUCUGUAAUAGGAUUUAUACUCUUCCUGAUAUGCCUACGAAUCUUCAUAGUUUGCAACCUUUUCCCACGAAUCAUGCAUCAAGUAGAGAAGAGAAGAAAAAUACGAGAAGCAGAUGAAAGUAAAGACCGACAGGAAAUGGAUUCAAUGCUACCAGAAGGCGUAGAGGAACAGCCCUUCACACGAGAAUUUGCGCCACUACCACUAAUGGCUUCUUCCUCACAAGAUAGAGAAACAUCAAUUAAAAUAAGGAAACCAAGUGCACCCAGAACGGAAAAUUUAUACCCAAUGGCGGAAUUAAAAUGGGAAAAUGAGAACAAAAACUGCACUGGCAGUCAUACGACAUGCACCUACGUCGUUGGUUAUGGAAUGGUAUGGGAAGACCUAUGCCGCUGCACUACUAACCCAAACCCAAAUAUAUAA